UUUCCUGAAGCGAGUCGCGAUGGUUCCCUUUCGAAAAUAAAAAUAAAUUCGACAAUAUUAUAGUGGUAAUUCCAUACAAAUAGAUCUGCUUUUGAAGAAUUUAGUCUCUGUGCUAUUGCAAAUGUCCAAUUACCAAGAAAUCGUGAACUUGAACGUCGGCGGCACCAGGUUUGCCACCUCCUGGCACACAUUGACAUGGGUGCCAGACACAUUCUUCACAGCUCUGCUCAGUGGCAGGAUACCAACGGUCCGAGACGAAACUGGCGCCAUAUUCAUAGACCGAGACCCAAACUUGUUCGGCCUUAUCCUCAACUUCCUUAGAACUCGAGAUAUAGACUUAAACAAUGUAAAUAUAAGAGCCCUGAGGCACGAGUGUGACUACUUCGGUAUUACUCCUCUGAGCAGAAGACUCGCAUUGUGUGAUGAGAUGAACCAUUCCUCUUGUGGUGAUGUGUUGUUCUAUGGAUAUCUGCCUCCACCCUUAAGCACAAAUACUAAUGGUAGAAAUGGAAACAGUUGUUCGAGAAAGAAUUCGACUGCAUCUAGCACAGAAGUGACUGUAAAUAGAACACACUCUAGGAACUCAUCACUUGACCUCCGCACUGUGGGUAGGAUACCUUCGCAGGAUCAGCUAAGUCGUUGUGGCAGAGGACAUUCGAGGGCUGCGUCUCUCGGCAAUGCCGAUAGUCACAAAGGACUCCGGCCACCCGAAAUAAGCGCAUGGGCCGACAGUAUGAAAGUUCAAAUAAUAAAAGCACAUCACAACUGGAUUGCUGUAGCCUACUCACAUUUCGUAACUGGGUAUAGAUUGACAGACUCAUGUGGGUGGUACGUAGUAUUCCAAUCGCCCGUACAGGACUCUGUGAUAGAGCGGAUAGCGCUGAACGCCAAGACGGGUGGCGGGGGCGCCAACUCUAGCGGGAACAACUCUGCGGGCACUGACGUCAUGCUCGGUGUCGCCAGUGGACCACUGGUCAGACUCUGGGCGUUCUCCACACACACUGAACCCGUUCGGAGGACUUUAGUUGGUACAUUUAACUUAGGUGUGCGUGUAGAACACCUUCUGUUUGUGGGGCCGCAAUUGGUGGCCCUCAGCGGCGCCGGCAGCCGCAGCAAGGCGGGCGUCUGGCAUACCAGCACGCAACACUGGCAGACACAAGAUGUCGCUCAUCUCACCACGUAUGAUACUGCUGGGUCCUUCCUGCUGUUGGGAACUGCUACCGGCGCGAUCAAUUAUAUUGACAUGCAAAAGUUCCCGCUGCGUAUGAAGGACAAUGACCUUCUCGUGACACAGCUGUACAAGGAUCCCAAUCAGGAGCCGAUCACUGCAAUAUCUGUGUACCUGACACCGAAAACUAACCUAUGUGGCAACUGGAUAGAGAUAGCAUACGGCACUCGAUACGGUUCCGUGCGAGUGAUAGUUCAGCACCCGGAGACUGUCGGGCACGGCCCACAGCUGUUCCAGACGUUCACUGUGCACCAGAGUCCUGUCACUAAGGUCUCCUUAUCAGAGAACUACCUGAUCUCGGUAUGCAGUGAGUACAACCACGUGCGGUCGUGGAGGGUGACUCGCUUCCGUGGUAUGAUCUCCACACAGCCCGGCACUACGCCUAAAGCCGCCUUCAAAGUGCUGGCUCUGGAGGCGCCUACUGCCCAGCCUCAUAAUGAUUGCGGACCCUACGGUGAACAGGACGAAGAACAAAUAUUUAUCCAGAAAGUGGUUCCUGAUACUGAUACAUUAUACGUACGACUAGCUUCUAAUGGAAAGAGAGUGUGCACAAUAAGAUCAGUAGACGGGUCAGCCGUCUCGUGCUUCACGGUAGCGGAGUGCGAGGGUGCGCUGCGGCCGCGCCGGCUGCUGCUGUGCGGACACAGGUCCGGCGCCGCGCAGAUGUGGGACCUGACCGCGCCUAUUGAUAAAGCUGCUAAACAGAACCAGGGCGUCGCUGCUAGCAGUGGCGAGGGCGAUGAAUCUCCCGUACCGGACGGUGGGCCGACUCCUGACGAGCUGGUACGUCUUCUGUCUGCGUGCGACCUGGACGCCACGCCGGUGCCGGUCGUCGUCCCGCAGUCACCCAACAGGCCAAUGCAGGCACCAUGAAGCAAGGCGUGCAGCGCACUACUAUGGCUCUACUCUUUCGUUGUCAACGCGUGACACGCUUUUAUAUUUCCUUCCAUCAACGCGUGACACGCUUUUAUAUUUGUAGCCAUCAACGCGUGACACGCUUUUAUAUUUCCUUCCAUCAACGCGUGACACGCUUUUAUAUUUCCUUCCAUCAACGCGUGACACGCUUUUAUAUUUGUAGCCAUCAACGCGUGACACGCUUUUUUAUUUGUAUUCAUCAACGCGUGUCAGGCAUUUAAACAAUCAUCAAUGCUAAACAAGGUUUUAUAACGACAAGUGAAAUGAUUCUUACUACGAUCUUACUUAUGCAAGUUGAGUGUUUUGGUUUGUAACAUUCCAUUAUGACUAAAGUUCAUGCUGUUAAAAGAAUAAUAUCAAAUGCUUUUGAUAGUGUGAUUCAUUUUCAUUAAGAAGCGUCCUCUCACGGUUUGGAUU